AUGGCAGCUUUAAACAGCGAAUAUCGACAGGACUGUGGAAAAAUAGAAAACGGUUUCAAUUCAGACAGUGAAGAUGAUUUUACUAAAGUCAAGGACAGCAGCACACAGACCGACAGCAAACUACAAGGUCAUGGACUGAGACUUUCCAAAGUUAAUGUCUUCACCUUAUUGAGUCUUUGGAUGGAACUUUUUCCCAAGAGGGAAUCACAGAGACAAGACAAUGAAUCUCUUUUUCAGGCACAAGUCGCUGGUCUGGUUGUGGUCCAUGACCAAAGAAUCUUGGGUCUUCAUUGCUCUGGAGAUGAGCUGCAUGCAGGUCAGGUAGCAGUGAUCAGACAUGGACCCCGACUGAAAGGUUGUGAUCUGUACUUCUCCAGAAAGCCAUGUUCCACCUGUCUCAAGAUGAUCAUCAAUGCUGGUGUUAACAGGAUCUCAUACUGGCCGGCUGAUGCUGAGAUAAGCACUGCAGGUUCUAAUUCUCAGGAGGCCUUGCUGGAUGCAGCAGCAGCUGAAAGACUUAAAUCUAACAGCAGGCCGCACAUCUGCGUGCUGCUCCAGCCCUUAGCCAACUCCAUGCUUCAGUUUGUAGAGGAGACCUCCUGCAAAGGUGACUUUCUGGGUAGAAUGGCAGCGGAUGACCCCUCAGUCGACAUCCAUGAACUGUAUAGGACAGAACGCUGGAGGAACUGGGUUGAUUUCUCUACAAAAUUUCUUAUACAGGAUGAUAAUCUGCACAGGGACCUGCUCAGUAGAAUGGGGCUGAAUAACUUUUGCACAGAACCAUAUUUCAGUCAUCUGCGCCAGCACAUGAAGGACCUGAUCAAGGUUCUGGCCUCCGUGGCUGCCAGUGUUCCUGUUCUCAAGCACAAGUAUGGGUUUUAUGAGACAGAUCCUAUAAUCAAUGGAUACAGAACGUUACCUCAGGAUGUUGUGAGACACUGUAUUAUCCAAGCCACACUACUGGCUUACAGAACAGAAGAUCCUAAAGUGGGAGUUGGAGCGGUGAUUUGGGCAGAGGGCAGAUUGCCUCAGUGUGAUGGCACAGGUAACAUGUACUUGGUAAGCUGUGGGUAUAAUGCCUAUCCGGUGGGCUCAAAGUAUGCCGAGUUUCCACAGAUGGAUGACAAGCAGGAGGAGAGACAGCAACGAAAAUACCGAUACAUCAUCCACGCUGAGCAAAAUGCCCUCACAUUUAGGAGUGCAGAGGUGAAGGAGGAGGAGAACACAAUGCUGUUUGUGACUAAGUGCCCGUGUGAUGAGUGCGUACCUCUGAUCCGCGGUGCUGGCAUCAAACAGAUCUACACCACGGACCUGGACAGUGGCAAAGACAAACAUGACAUCUCCUACAUCAGUUUUAACAGACUCCGUGGUGUCCGCAAGUUCAUUUGGCAGAAGGCGUAUCCCAGUUCCUCUGAACAAACUGCUACACCUGUACCAAACGGCUGCCUGAAAAACAGAAGGGAAGAGGAUGUGGACUGUCAGUGCAGUAAGAGACUGAGGACAUGAGGACUAGCACUAACGAUUCUUUCCCUUCAUUUAGCACCAUAUUGAAGGCAUGUUAAACUGAAACCACUGCAGUAGCACUUCUGUAAUAGUACUGGCCGUUAUACACCAUUACAUACACACCAUGGUUUUAUCACAGUAAAAUCACAUACAAUGAAAAAAAAAAUCUCAUUCAGGGAGCAUUUGGGAGGAAUCGAGGCCCUAAUUUAGUAAGGAUUUUUGUGCGCAAGCUGUCUUACUAACAGCUGUCUGAAGGAGUGUGUAUAACAGCCGAGCAAGUAAUACAGUCCUUUGUAAAGGUUUGGACACCCUAGUCUAAUUACAUGAAUAUAUACUCUACAGAGGGAAAAAUACCUGCACAACAGAAUGCAUAGUUAAUAUUUAUGAACUUAAUAUACUGGAAAGAAAAUGUAACAAGUACAAAAGUUGGCACAUGUUUAGAUAGAUACAUUAUUGAUCUUUAAGGAAAUGUAAGAAAUUAAAUAUAGCAUUUUCUUUGCUGUUUGUUCCCUGUGGAGUAUGUGCUGCUACAAAAAAAUUAACCAACCAUGGAAUUUUACUUAAAAGUGCUGUUUUCUUUUACUUACCGUUGAUCAAAUGUUUAAAUGGAUUCUUUUCAUAUAUAAGCAUGCUGCUUUGAGGUGAAGAAUUCAGUGUUCCUUCUCUUUGCACAGUAUAUAUUAAAAUGCAUUCUUUUUUAGCUGCAGGUCGUAACAUCUUGUUUUUAUCCUAGUAAAGCUUGAAACAAAAAGUAAUUAUUCACAUUAUUUUAUGCCUGGCCUCAGGAUUGUAUCACACACGGGUUCUUCUACACCUGAGCUUACUCAAAGUAAAACUCAGACUGCCAAUUUGAAUUAGAACAGAGAUCUGUACACCGGCCCACAGCCAGGUUUGAAAACUGCAUUUACACAUGCUCAAACAAACACAGGAUCCAAAUGAAUCUGAGCUAGGUGUAAAAGUGCAAGUUUGAGUGAUUAGAAAUUAACUUUAACAGGCAAUUUGUUCUCAUUAUAAAUCUAAUUUAUAAAUAAAGAAAAUAAUAAUGAUGCUUGCUGGUUUGCAUUUUGUUUUGCACCUUUUUUAAACUAAAUAAAGCAGUUUAUACACUUGCACUUUUCACUCCUUCCAGACUUUGCAUCAUGUGUAAAUGCUGGUCUGGGGUUUGCUCUCAGUAAAUGUAUGAAACAUAGAAUUCGUUCUUUUAAAUUAUACAAAUGAGGUAUGUGAUUGGAUUAGACUAUAGACUAAGUUUUAUGCUCUUAGGGUGGCCUAGUAUGGCAGGAGGCGUCUGUAAUCAUAAUGUUCUCCAAGAAAUAAAACUGACAAAAUGAUUCCAGGAAAAAUUCAUCAUUCAGCCAUCAAGCUGCUGCUCGGAAAUGUCUGUUGUUCUUUUGUCUAAUUAAUUCAAAUGAAGUCGACAUUAAAGCCUAAAGCUGCAUCA